AUGACAAGUCCAUCUCCACAGAAUAGUCCCAUGCCACCACCACAAGCUCCAAGCCCCAUGGGGCCUCCCGUACAAAGUCCAGUCCCUCCACACUCACCCCACAGCCCUUAUCAGUCACCAAUGGGCCACAUGAAUGGUCCACAUGGUUUACCUCCAAUGUCUGCUUCAGGUCACUCAAUGCCUCCUACUUCAAUGUCAAAUUCAACCCACGCUUUACCACCUCAUAUGUCACCUCAUGGACCACCACAUCAUCCUCAUAGUGGUCAUCACCCUGGGCCUUCUGUAUCACCUGUUGGCCCUCCUCAUGGUCCACCUCAUGGACCUCCACACGGACCACCUGGAGGACAUCAUGGUCCACCCGGUGGUCCAUAUGUUCCUUCAAGUAGUGUUCAUGGGCAAGGAGGUGGUCCACAUGGCCAAGGAGGUGGUCCACAUGGCCAAGGAGGUGGUCCACAUGGCCAAGGGGGUGGUCCCCAUGGCCAAUCUAAUGUUUCACAUGGACCACCUAGUGGUCCCCAUUGUUCUCCUGUUGGACCUCAUGGUGUACCUCAUGGACAAUCUGGAGGAUCCCAUGGUCAACUCGGAGGAUCUCACGGUCCUUCUGUAGGGCCACAUGGUCAAUCUUUGGGACAUCAUGGACCACCAGGAGGUUCUACGCAUGGAGUACCUAGCGGAUCAUCACAUGGAGGACAAUCACAUGGUUCACCAAGUGGAGGACCUUCAGAUGGACCUUCUCAUGUACCUCCCCAUCAUGGGGCACCACCUACUGGGCCUCAUGGUCACCCUGGUCCUCCAAUACAAUCUGGUGGCUUAUUACAAAGUCAUCAUGGACCACAUGAUAUGUCACUGAUGGGAUCUUCACAUGGAGGAAAUCAGCCACAACAGAAUUAUCCUUCGCAUCCUUCUCCCGUUUCUCUUGGUCAUCCUCAGCACAGACAGGUAAGAAAGAAUUACAGUAAAAAAAUAGUUUAUUAUAAAAAACAUUCACUGUACAUUUUUGUUCUAAUAACUAUAUAA